AAUCUCCAAAAUAAAACCAAAACUGUGUAUGCUAUUGAGAUCCCUAAAACACCGGAAAAUCAAAACACUGCAAGAGGAAAACUCAGCUUGAAAAUGCUUCUGAGCAAUCAGCCGGCAAAUACACAGCCCCCACAGACGCCGCCUCCGACGUCGUUGUCUUCGUCGUCAUCCCAGAACUUCAAGUCCAAGCUUCAGCAACAAAUUGCCACAGCGGCUGUGGCAGCAGCCGCGGCGGCAGCCACCACUAACCUCGCUAACGGCAGCGCCACUCAUCAUCAUCACCAUCAUAAUCAUCAUCCGCUGAACCACCAUCAUCAUCCGCAUCAUCAGCAUCAGCACAACAUUUCCUUUGCCACGGAUUUCUCAAUUGCCGCGAUUAUGGCGCGCGGCGGAAACGCCCCAAGCAGCCGCGAGCCAUCCGAAAGGAGUCUGAGUCCAUUGUCUGUGGAGCAGUAUUCGGGCCAGGAUGUGGACGAUGAUGUUGACGUUGAUGUGGUUGACUGCAGUGACUCUGAAUCGCCGACGGCGCUGGCGGCCACAAAUGCAACGGCAGCAGCAGCAGCAGUGGCGGCGGCGGCAGCAGUUCAGGCCCAGCAACAAGCGCGCCAGGCAUUGCGUGUUGCACAGCAACAACAGCAGCAGCAGCAGCAACAGCAACAAAGGCAACAGACACAUCACCAUGCAACAGCAAACAAGCAACAACGCCAACAUCACAAUCAUCAUCACAACAGCAACAGCCACAACAACAGCAAUCACAGCAAAUCAAGCAGCCAUCGAGGGCGUGCUUCAACCGCCACACCAAAUGCUGCCGCAGCUGGAGCUGGAUCUAGUGGUGGUGGUGGUGGCGGCGGCUGCACUGCCACGGCCACGCCCUCGCCUCCACCGCCAGCCCAGAGUCCCCAAGAAGACGAGCGCCUGUCGCCAGAGGAGCCCGCGCAGGUAACCAAACGCAACAAACAGCCCACGCCCAAGAUACUCGGCUCGUGCAAUUGCGACGAUCUCACGCCCAUCCAGUGCCACCUAGAGACCAAGGAGCUCUGGGAUAAGUUCCAUGAAUUGGGCACCGAAAUGAUCAUUACCAAAUCGGGCAGGCGCAUGUUCCCCACGGUGCGUGUGAGCUUCUCGGGUCCAUUGCGGCAGAUCCAGCCCCCGGAUCGGUAUGCCGUCCUGCUGGACAUUGUGCCCCUGGACUCGCGGCGCUAUCGCUAUGCCUACCAUCGCAGCUCCUGGCUGGUGGCGGGCAAGGCGGAUCCACCGCCACCGGCCCGCAUCUACUGCCAUCCGGAUUGCCCCAUCAGCCCGGAGGCGUUGCGCAAACAGGUCGUCUCCUUCGAGAAGGUGAAGUUGACAAAUAACGAAAUGGAUAAGAGCGGACAGGUCGUGCUGAACUCAAUGCAUCGCUAUCAGCCACGGAUCCACUUGGUGCGGAUGAGCCAUGGCCAGAGCAUACCCGGCAAUCCCAAGGAGCUGCAGGAUAUGGAUCAUAAAACCUUCGUGUUCCCGGAGACCGUGUUCACGGCCGUGACGGCCUAUCAGAAUCAAUUGAUUACGAAACUCAAAAUCGAUUCGAAUCCGUUUGCAAAAGGAUUUCGCGAUUCGUCGCGUCUCACUGACUUUGAUAGAGAUCCGAUGGAUGCGUUCUUCUUCGACCAGCACAUGCGAGCCGCACCGCUGCGCUUCUUUCCGGACCCGCUGAUGUCGCAGCUCACCCCACAGGAGGCGGAAGCCGCCUCGCUGGCCUUGCUGGAGAAGGCCCGCCAGCACCUGCAGAUGUUCGGCCGCUCGCCGUACACCGAGAUGCUGCUACCCCAUCUGUACCAGCGUCAGGCUCCACCACAAGCCUCGCAUCUCAGCGCCUUCCAGCUGGGCAUGUGGCAGCAGCAGUGGCCCCAGCUGACGGCCGGCUUUCUGGCCAGUGCCAAUCAACAGGCGGCCUUUGCGGCAGCCGCAGCGGCAGCAGCGGGCGCCAAUCGCACACCGCCCCCACCUGUUGCAACGGCAGCACCGCCAGCCCCAGCCACACCCACAUCCUCGUGCGGCUCGGCGUCGCCGGAUCUGCGGGCGAGGCCACAGCUGAGUCACUAUCCGCAGCGCUUCAGUCCGUAUCAGGUGCCGCAGCAUCAGGCCUCGCCGCCAGCCUCCACAAGAGCGGAGAGUCCUUAAAGCAGAACCCACAACCCAGCAGAAUUCCCUGAAAAAUAUCUAUGAAAUGUAUGUGCAAUGUUGUUGAAAACCUUUUGUAAAUAACCCAAAAAACCUGUUGCUGCAACAUCCAAAGAGAAUGCAAGAGACAGAGAGA